AUGGAAAUAUUGGAAUUUUUGGCCGAUAGUCAUUGUCACAUCAGUGCAGACUCUAGUAAUGAUAGAAUUGAACGCGCAUUGGCUACUUGGGAUACAAAUUAUGCCCAUAGGAGUGCAUUUUACCACAUGAUGACUACGAACCAUAGAGAUAUUCACUUCGUCCAAACGAUAAUAGAGCAUAUGGGUGAUAAUGUAUUACCCUAUUUCGGCAUUCAUCCAUGGUAUUCGCAUCUCUUCAGUACAGCUGGGACGUACUCUGCUUCUAGCGAUGAUUUUAAGAGGCAGCAUUAUAUAGAUGUUUUAAGUCCAGCUCCAACGGAAGAGUUGUUGAACGUGCUACCGCAUCCAAUUUGCAUGAAUGAACACUUGAAAUUGAUGGAAAAGCUUUCUAUGAAAUAUGAUAAUUCAGGUAUCGGAGAGAUAGGCUUGGAUAAGUUAUUUAGAGUACCUUCGAACGGCUUCUUCGGAAAUAUUGAAGUCGCUAAUAAUGGACUUAACAAACUAAGCUCUUGCAAGGUAAGCAUAGUCCAUCAGACAAAGAUUUUGGAAUUACAACUUGACUUAGCUAAUAAGCUAAAGAGACAAGUAUCUUUACAUUGCGUAAAGUCUCAUGGACCUUUAUUUGAUAAGGUAACAAAUUAUAAGACUAUUCCAGCAGUCAUUUUGCAUUCAUAUAGUGGAUCUACAGAGCAUGCAAAAGUAUGGAUUAACUUUUACAGGAAGAGUAAUCAAAAGCUAUUUUUUUCUUUUUCUAAUUACAUCAACGGAGAAAAAAGGCUAAAUGAUUUGACCACUCUUUUGUCAUUGUUAAAAGAUGAACAAAUUUUAAUUGAAACUGAUUUUGGGGUUGAUAUCUAUUUUGCUGAUGGAAAACAAGACCAAUAUUAUGACGACUUAGUAGAUAUAUUUAAUAAAAUUUGUGAAUCCAAGAAAUGGGGUCAAAACUAUGGGAAAGAGGUAAUAUUCAAAAAUGUGGAAAGGUCGUUCGAUCAUAAAACUCUUACAUAG